AUGGCUACCACCGACGCUUCUGUGUCUCCCUACGUGACGCUCGUGUCACAUGAUGGUUUCGAAUUUCACAUUCGACGAUCCGCGGCGAUGAGAUCCGGAACCAUUCGUCGAAUGCUCGACGUCCAGAGUAAUUUCAGUGAAGCAGUAAGCGGCGAAUGCCACCUCGAGAAUAUCACUGGUGUCGUCCUCGAAAAAGUCGUCGAGUAUCUCUACUACAACGAGAAGAUGCGAGAGCAGAUGGGUGUGGCAGACAUGGAAAUUCCGAGCGAGCUAUGCUUGGAGCUUCUCAUGGCUGCGGACUAUCUGGACUGCUGA